AUAUUACUAAAUUGGAAAUUUUAAUUACCUACUUUGCAGUGUAGUAAGUGCUAUAAAUGCGUAAUGAACAGAUCAACCCAGUUAUAAGUUACAAAAGUUUGCUAGUAAUCACAACAAUGUUAAGUAACGAGUGCAGCAAAUCAACCGUGGCAACUGACGAUGAAAUUUGGCAUUUACCAACUCAACCUAUGGCUACUACUGACGAUUCAGAGUACUUUGAUUAUGCAUUGGAAGCAUUAAUUUUUGUGGAAUAUCAAGAAUUGAAUGACAAACCGCUAAAUAUCAUCAACGCUCCUACAUUACCUACAGAAUGGCCUAAGCUUCCAGAAGGCGCCAUUGACGUACUAAUCUGGAUUGAAGAAGAAUUAAUUUAA